AUGGUAUACGAUCCUGAGGAAAACAUCCGCUAUGGCGGAAUGCAGAGCGAUGUUGAUGAUGACGAGGCUCGAAAGAUUGCUGAGCGCGAGCGCAAGAAGGAAGAAGUGCGCAAGCGUCUCGAAGAAGCUUCGAGAAUGAAGAAGGCCAAGAAAGGUUUCUUGACGCCGGAACGCAAGAAGAAACUUCGCAAACUUCUUAUGAUGAAGGCCGCUGAGGAUUUGAAGCAACAGCAAAUGCUCAAAGAGCAAGAGAGACAGCGCAUCCUUCAAGAGCGUAUCAUCCCGUUGCCAGACCUUGACCAAGUUGACGACUUGGAAGAGGUUUACAACCAGAUCCGCGAUCGUCUCAUUGAGCUUGAGUCCGAGAAUUACGAUAUCAGCUACAUCGUAAGACAGAAGGAUUUCGAAAUCAACGAGCUCACCAUCGCUGUCAACGAUCUUCGAGGAAAAUUCGUCAAGCCAACCUUGAAGAAGGUAUCAAAGACUGAAGGAAAGUUCGAUAAGAUCAAGAAGAAGGAGCCCGCCAAGAUCGAUUUCCGCAACAACCUCAAGGUCGUCGACAAGAAGGAGUUCGCACUCGAUGAAGAGAAGGAAGAGAAGAACAAAGCUGCCUGGGCAAAGGCAUAA